AGCCUGUGUCUCUUUGGGUUUCUUAUCACAUAUUAAACUGUUAUAAUUUCUGACUGUUACUUCAAGUGUUUUCAGUCAGUUCUGUAACAUUUGACAUACAAGAAGUAGCUUUUACUUAAAAAAAAAGCAUAGUUCAACGAUCCAGGAGAUAGGAAGACCUGAAGGAAAGACAGAAAAUAUUUCAAAAUAAAAGCACAGGUUCUGUGGUAAUAUCUCCCCUAAAAACGUUUCAAUAUUUGAUAUUUUAAGUCUCUUCUGGUCGUCAGUUAAAAAUCUGAUCAUGGUUGCCAUAAAUUGAACAUCAGGGUGGACUUGAGUUUUUUUUUUACAUUUGACAGAGACCUGGUUAAAUUAGUCAAAUUACAAUUAUUAAAAUCAAUAAAGAUUAAUUGAUAUAUUCUGAAUUGGUUAUUUUAUUUUUAAAUAAAACAGGAGAGUCUUUUGUUUCACUUUAACUGAUAUGUCAUGGAUGCAAAAGCCAAAAUAAGUAAAUUCAGCAGAUUUUCUUUCCUGAAGUCUGAAAAAAAGAAAAAGUUUCACUUCCGCAUUGACUAAGAUGAAGUGUCAGUCUAAAAAAGGAACAUCUCUGAAUGAACUCCUGCUCUGCUGCAGUUCACAGUCUCUGUGUGCAGAUCUGACCCGGUUCAUGCUCUGAUAUGUGGAUCUAACCACACUUCAUCAUCAUCAUCAUCGUCAUGCCUCGUUGUUCCGCUCCGGUUCUGGUCGUCCUGCUCUGGGCUGCAGGAUCCGCUCUCUGUGCAGCAGAUGUCGGGGAUUUCGCUCCGUGUCUUCAAUUCUUCUACAAGUCCUGGCCUCCGAAAGGUCUGACCGGGACCCCGAUCUGCCAGCGGUAUUUUAACCAGUACCGCUUCGCCUCUCUGUACAGCAGAGCCCGCCGCUCACCGUGGUUCUCCGGGUACAUGUACGCCGCACCGACCGGAAAGAGGCCCAGUGCAUCCUGGAAGUUUGAGCCCCAGGUACCAGCGUGCAUGAGAGCGUGUGUAGUCACUCAUUUAAAGACAGUCUCAUGCCUUAGAUUAAUCUGAUAUUUGCCUGUGUUUUAGUGAUUCUCAGUUAUAGACUUUUAUCACUCAGAGUUCAGUGUAACGUGCUGAGUAUGCAGGUGAGGAAAUGAGACAAACAGAAGGAGAACUGUCUCGUCUGUUUGUUUACUUUAGAUUAGCAGAGAGCAGAGUGUUUAUACUUUAAAGCUUCAGAGCAAAAUAAGACUAUGAAGUUUGUAAAACUACUAAUUUAAUCUCUAGUUAUACCAACUUUAGUAACGACCACUCUAUAGCCACAAAUAAUGCUCAGAACAGCACCUAACUUCAUCAACGGGACAUAUAGUGUCACAGCCGUAGUACUAGACACCAAACAUCUUUUUAACUUUGACUGAUUUCUUUAGCAAAGAGACUAAACACAACUCACCUACUCUCUUCCUGCAGUCGCUUGUUUGUAGCGAGACCUCAGGCCAGUCCAUUACAGACUACAGCGGGGUGCCGCAGCUCAAGGAAGAACAUUUAUGAUCAUUUUUUUAUCAUUACCUUGAAGUAAUAAUCACCAUAUUAAUCAUUUUCUCUGCAGACGCGGUAGUUCUGCCUUAGCGUCUCGGUCUGACUGUAUUUCCAUGAAGAAAUGAUCGCUCCUAAAUCAAUUUUAUGCCGGAAUAUCCCUUUAAGUCUGUGAAACUACUUUCAUUUUAAUAUCCUUUUGUCGUAUCUUCUCAUAGUUUGACUAUAACGGUGGUACAGUCUUUUUUUAUUGGUUCCUGAAGAGGUGGUUGAGUAGGAAAUGCUGACUCAACACUAAAUUUUGGUCGACUUUGCACGAAACAAAGAGGCAAAGCUGAGAUGGCACCAAAUUUUAAUCUUUUCAGUAAGUGUUAUGAGAAAUUAUAUCGUCUUAUAAAGGUGAGAAUAAAAACAGGGAAAAAUAAUUAUUAUCAAUGUUUCCUGUUAGUUUUAGAGACAGUACGCAGUGAAGUCACCUUUAAAACUUUACCCCUUGUUCCCUCCCAUAAACAGCUCGCCUACCCUGGAGCUGAUGGCAACAUGAUCCCGUUCCCUCCAGGCCCCGUGGACCAGAACGUGGUGGAAAGCCAGGCGGUGGAGCUGGACUACAUCAACUCCUCCUACACUCGAGGUCACCUGAACCCCAGCCUUCACCACCACAGCCGAGAGGACCGCUACGCCACCUUCACCCUCACCAACGUGGUUCCCCAGAAGACAGGCUCCAACGAUGGGCCCUGGGAGGUCCUGGAGCAGACUGUGAACAAAACCCUGGAUGCCUACUGUCUGGGAGAGGCUUACGUAGUCACGGGAAUCAUCCCCUAUCAGAGCGACGAGCACUGGCUGAAGAAUCACCGUGUGGCUGUGCCCGAGUACAUGUGGUCGGCUUACUGCUGCCCAAAAUACAACAACAGCAUCCCAGAAGAACUGAAGCACACUUUCCCCACGUACGCCGCUGUGGGACGAAAUGACCAAAACAGCACGGAGGAGAUCGUACCUGUGGAUACGACGGCUAAGAAGCAGUUCAGAGGGUACGAUGUGAGGCAAAUGUCACUGGAGACACUGGAGAUGUAUCUGACGGAGCGGUUUAGUACUGUGGUCUCUGUGUUUUAUGAGCGGUGCUCCGGAUAAGAAUGAUGAGGAGGAGGAUAUCUUAAAAACCUUUUAUAUUUACUUUAGUCUAUAAGCCUGCAGUUUGUUCAUUUUGAAGUACCCCAUCAGGAAAAUUGGGGUUUGGUCUUGAGAAAGUAUAUUUUAGGCAUUUGGAUAAGCUAAUCACAGACUUUUCUUUUAUGUGUAAAACAUGCAGGAUCUCCCAAAACAACCUUUGACGGCUAAAGAUUUACUACAAAGUUGUUAAAUGCAACAAACAACCUGAACCUCGCUAAUGUGCUAACGCCAAGUGACAUAUUUUUACUGUUCUGAGACACUAGGCUUCAUUGUGUGACACGUCUACUAAUACUGUCUGCUUCUACGCCAGAUACUUUUAUUUUUUAUGUUAUUUUUCAAACAAUACCUCAAGGUUUAGGAGCAACAUCUGCCGCCAUCCACACAAGGACUUUUUCCAGGGAAGACCUUCAAAUGAUCCCAAACCACAUUCUAACAACAGGGAUUACAACAGGAGAAGAGUCCUGGACUGAUGCAGUCCCAACUUUUUUAAAAACAGGUGGAUCAUCAUGACACCAAGAACAGGGCAAAGGAGACCCUGAACUGUUGAGCAACUGAAAUCUUCUAUCAGGUGAGAACCGAAACUCCAGAAACUGGUCUCCUCGGAUGCCAAAGACGAGUUGAUGCAUCCCAUCAAAUUUAAGAGAAUUGUGUUUUUCUGGAACAAUAAAAAUUUCUUUUCAGCAUUUGAUCUGUUGCCUUUGUGCUGUUUAGAUCAUGUAUAUGAUUUAAAUGAUCUGCAAACAAUCAGCUUUUGUUUUUGACAACAUUUGACAAAGUUCCUUGACUACUCAGGAACUAGAAUUGUACAGAAGUGUGUUGCAUUUACCAAAAUAAAUGAAUAAAUAAAUAAAGCUCUGUUUUUCAGGGUAA